ACGCCCAAGUCGCCCUCCUUCUUCAUGCGGCAGGUCAUCACCUCGGUCAACUUCCGCACCUCGAACGGCAUCCGCAAGGACGGGACCGCACGCCCCGUCCACGGCAUCACCGCGGACGCCAACGACUUCAUGCACGGCUGGCUCAACUACCAGAUUGAGCACCACCUCUGGCCGCAGCUGUCGAUGCUCUCGUACCAAAAGGCGGCGCCCCAGCUGCGCGCCAUCUGCGAGAAGCACGGCGUGCCGUACGUGCAGCACUCCGUCUUCCGCCGCCUCAAGAAGACGGCGGACGUGAUGGUCGGCGCCGCCUCGAUGCGCCAGUUUGCGCCCGAGUGGGAGGCGGAGGAGGACAAGUUCGAGUGGAAGGCGUAGCGGAGAGGGCGCGCGCCGUAGCCCCGCCAGCACAGCCCGAGACGAGGCUGGGUGGUCGAGGGUGGUGGAGGGCCGCUCGACGGCGGCGGACGAACUGUGGCGGACGUCUGGACGCGCUGCUCGUGGCGGGGGCGGCAUGGGGGACGGUGUGGAUGGCGCGCGAGACGGCUCGUUCCACUCCUGUCUGUGGUGGUCCCCCAUUGUACCCGCAUGUCCCAUGGUCAUGCGCGACACACAGAUAUCACUUUAUCACGGUCCACGCUCACACAAUGCGCUGCGCAAAAUGUUAAAUGUAUGUGUGUUUGUUCCUCUCUCGAAAGCGGUCUAAAU